AUGGCGUCUGCUUCUUGGCCAGCCUAGAAAUUUUCUUUCUGCUCGAAGCUGUCAGUCCCGGAAAAUUUAACGUUUGAAUUGUUUAGACGAGGAAAGUAAAUUGCAGAUGGACGAAGUGGGUCCUGACCAUUAGAGCCACGCGGUAGCAACUGAGCGGAUGGUGAGAUGUUUAUGUGCAGAAAAAGUUUUAGCAAUAGUAAAGGACAGAGACGUUCUCAAAAUAAUUUAAAUCCCUCUCAGUAAGAUAAGAAAAACAAACUGUCCAAAAUGGUGGAAGUUGAAUGUGGUGGAUUUGUCUUCACCUCAAACUUUGAGUCUGGUAAUAUGGCUCGAGUGGAGCAGGUUCCCCUGCCUCCAAAACCCCCACUCCUGCCAGGUCAAAACUCAACAAGCUCAGAUACUCCAGAUUAUGAAUUUAACAUCUGGACAAAUCCUGAUUGUGCGGGUACUGAGUUUGAAAACUCAAACCGUUCCUGGUUCUAUUUUGGGAUUCGAGGUGGUACACCAUUUGCUUUGGUGAAGUUAAAUUUGAUUAAUUUGAAUCGGCAAGUGAAGAUGUACUCCCAAGGCAUGGCUCCAGUCUUUCGUAUACUCCCCGGCAGAGGAUUGUGGGACCGGAUCAGGGAGAAACCAACAUACACGAUUGAGGACAAUGUGUUCACCCUCAGUUUUCGUUAUCGCACCUUGGAAAAUGUCAGGGCGACAACUUACUUUGCAUUCACAUUCCCUUAUUCUUAUCAAGAUCUUAUGUCAUCUCUCCGUGGGUUUGAUAAACGGUUUAAGAACUGUAUUCCUCCGGAAAAGUACUUCCCUGGCCAAGGCCUAGCAUGCAAUCCAGAUGACAUUUACUACCAUAGAGAAGUGUCCACUUAUUCCUUGGAUGGGCGCCGUUUGGAUCUCCUGACAAUUACUUCACACCAUGGUAUCACACCAUAUCAAGAACCGAGGUUGAAGAACUUGUUUCCAGAUCUUGAAACUCCAAGACCAUACAUUUUUGUGGGGAAAAAGGUUGUGUUUGUUAGUGCAAGAGUUCACCCUGGUGAAGUGCCUUCGAGCUAUGUUCUUAAUGGUCUUCUUGAGUCUCUUCUAAACCGUGAUGAUUUGACAUCAAUACUGUUAAGAAGAAUGUAUGUGUUCAAGAUAAUACCCAUGCUAAAUCCUGAUGGUGUUGCUCGAGGACAUUUUCGAACAGACACACGGGGGGUUAAUUUAAAUCGAGUAUACCUCAAUCCAUCACUCGUUCACCACCCUACAAUAUAUGCAGCUCGAGCUAUAAUUCGAUAUGCUCAUUUUGGCCAAGAGGUUCAUGAUGAUGUGAUUGCUCAGAAUGAAGUUAAUGAGCAGACACAUGGAGUGCCAACUCAUAUAGUCUUACCUGAACCAUCCCCCAUGAUAGAUGAUCAGGAUUUGAUUUGCCAAGACAUCCAGCCAAACAUUAUUACUGAGUGCCGCUCCUCCGACAAUUUGGAAAAUUUUGCUCAGCCACCAGAAUGUCCUAUUUCGAUUUGUGAUCCAUUGGUCAGCCAAACUAUUGAUCAAGCUGAUUCCACAGAUAAGGACAUCAACAUGCAGUGUGAGAUGGCACCUCACACUAAUGAGGGUCUUUUGAAUUUUAAUGAUAGUAACUCUUUACAAGGUAAUGAUGAGCCCAUUGAAAUGGAAGUGGACAAAGAUAAGUCUGUGAAACUGAAGCAAGAAAAUACUGAUAAUUUGAAAGAAACAUACUGUGCUGGUUUUCCGUCUGCUAUUCUUGGUUGUGGACCUACUGAAGGACCAUUUGGUACUGAAAGUGAAACUUGUCCUGCUACUGAAAACAGAGAGUCUAUGCUAAACGGUUCUGAGACGCCUGUUGUAAGGAAGGGUCACACAGUUUCAUGUAAUGAAAACAUGGGCCCAGAGGAAACAAAGCGUCGAAAGGAUACCAAAAGGAAGCCCUUGUCCUCUGACACAAAGUCAAUGCGCAUGUUUGCCAGACCAGCCAGCCGCAAUGAAGACGACACAAAAAAUGAAGACUGUCAGUUUUCUUGCAACAGUGGCAAUAAUGUUGGGAGUUGCUUGAAUUCUACCAAACCAUCUCUUGAUCCUACAAAGUCUGGACUGUUUCUUUACAUGGAUAUGCAUGGACAUGCUUCUAAAAAGGGCAUCUUCAUGUACGGAAAUCAUUUUGAUGAUAUUGAGCAGCUAGUGGAGUGUAUGCUGCUGCCCAAACUGAUGUCUAUCAACUCCCAGAACUUCCAUUUCACUGCAUGCAACUUUACCGAAAGGAACAUGUACUUGAGGGACCGGCGUGACGGCACCAGUCGCGAAGGUUGCGGCCGAGUGUCUGUCAUGAAGUUGACUGGCCUUGUCCGCAGCUACACACUAGAGUGCAACUACAACACAGGACGCAUGGUGAAUCUCCUGCCUCCGUGUGUGCGCGACACUGGCCGCCUGUCUGUGAACCCAGCAUAUGCUGUACCUCCCAAGUACACACCUCUAGUGUUUGAGGAGGUUGGCCGUGCCCUCGGAGUGUCAAUAUUGGAUUUGACAAGUUCCAACCCAUGCAGCCGUAUUCCUAAUUCAGAGCAUCGAAGUGUGAAUGGAAUUCGAGAUUGGUUACGUGUUAACUGUCUCUCAGAUAGCCAGCUAUGGACUCGCAUGCUUCAUCGUCCGACUCGGCCACAGGUUUCCCAGUCGUCAAGUUCCCUCAGUGUUCCAAGUUCAUCGGGACAAAGACCAAUCCAUCUCACUAAGUCUGUUUUACUGGCCCGAAUUUCAACAGAAUUAAAAUCAUUAGGAGAAGAAUAUGCUCGCAAGGAGCAGCUCAGACUCCAGAAGACUGCAUCAUGCAGCCAGCUGGAAAACCUUGAGGGAAUCAUAGUCCCACCUCCCAAAGAAAAUAUUGGGCCCCGAUCAAGGCGAGGUGCUGAUGCAACCUCCUUGCCAACAAAAGCUUCCAGCAGUGGAGUUCUCCAACAGCGUGCCAAAACUUUGUCUGUCGCAAACCUUCCAGGAUCUUCAAGGAAAAAGCCGAAGUCGUCCGCUUCUGGAAGUGGUGGACCACUCCGACCUGUGCCAAAAUCAAAGUUCCGCAGGUCCAAGACUCAAGAGUCACCUCUGCAAACUUCAUCGGGCAGUGGUGACAGUGGUUUUACUGAAGAAGGAAAUGCUGAGAAUGAAGCUAAAACUCCUCCAAACUUGGAGCUGUGUGCUACCCCUAAAAGGCUGAAAGUGUCAGGCAAAGGCCCUAGCUUAAGGCUUCGUCGGAAGCAGGCAGCCUGGACAGUUAAACCUACUGAGGCAGAAGAUAAAAGUGAGGUACACACUGACCCAAGUCAAUUGUUAUGGGCCGCAAGCAGGAACCAGCCUCCUCCAGUUGUUGCUAAGAAAGCAACAGUAACAGGAAAAAUGGAAAAAACCUCCAGAAUUGAAAUUGCAAAAUUAAGACCCGGAGUAUUUACCAAAGUUAAAGCUGUAAAAAAAUUGUCACAACCAGACUCAGCAAGUGUUGGAGAAACAUCCCAAAUGAAGGUGGAUGAGCCUCACACAUUGGCCAAGCUUGUUGACAGACUUCCCGGAACUAAAGGUGUUAAGUUGAUCUCCACAGAGAAUUUGAAACCCAAUCCAGGUGCUACUGUAAGUAAAGACUGGAAUCAGUGUAAGAAUUCUACACGCAACCUGUUGGUCAAAGCAGGGAAGGUUGAUAUAGCUUUACCGGGUCCAUCUGCAGGUGAGCAAAGUGGGCUCCAAGGAAAUCACUUUGCCAGCGCUGGUUCAAGCUUCAGAAUGGAGCAAAAGCUGAAAUCCAGUGUUCUGCGUUCGCUGGAGAAAGGUACAAAAACUAAAUCUCGACUUCUAGGUCCAGUGCGUCGCAGAAGCAGUGACGGUAAGAAGUCUAGGAAGAAUUUGGACAGGAAGCCUUCAUGCUCAGAAAACAGCAUUAACACAACAUCAGGGUGCACUUUAAGGAAUGAUGUUGCAAGUGAUAGUAACUGUGCCAACUAAACCAAGAGCAAGAUGUAUAGUUCUUUUAUUAUUCUUGUGAUUUAUUGAACUACUCUCUCUUUUCUUUUUAAGAUAUACAAAACAUAAAGGACUUACACUAAUUACUUUUUAAUUUACUGUUAAGUUUAUGCAAAGAAUUAAAAUUUGUUCCUCAUUCUCCUUUUUUUGUUACUUUUAUUUUCAGAUUUUAUGUGCUUAUUUUUCAAUCAAUAUUUAUUUUUGUUUCUUUUUGUAAAAAAAGAAGAGUUGAAAGAUUACCUAAUAGAAGUUCAGCACUUGCUGCAUGCACUGACUUACAUUUAUUUGUAUCUAAUCUUCUUUUUAUUACAUGAUUUUUGUAAAACUUGUGGUCUUCUUCUUUGCUAUGUGGCUUGUUACCUGGAAAUGCCUUUAGCAGUAAUUGAACCUCCAAUCAAAUAAUUUUUGUAGACCAUACUGAAAACUGUGAUUAGUAUGAUUUUGUUGUCUUUUCAUCUGCAUUUUCGUCCCUAUUUAAGAGGUGUAAUGUUUCCCAAAGGAAUUCUUAUAAAUCUCCUAGACCAACCAAAGAUCGUGUUCCCUUCCCCAUAUUUCUUUUUUUUUUUUUUUAAAUGUUGCAAGGAGCAUUUAUUGACUUUUACUGUGCUAGGCAGACUUGUUCUGCUGCUGUUUCAGUAUUACUGCCAUGCUUGAAUGCUUUAACAUUAAUCAUUUUUUGAAUGAUCCUGACCCACUAUUAAAUAAAACUGACAAUAUCUUAAGUAACUGAAUGUGGUCUCAUAAAUACAAAGUUUGUCUUAAAUUUGAAAACCUUCGCCUUUGCUUGUUAGUAAUUGGACCUAAUGUUACUGGUUUUCUUCCAAGAACUGCAUUAAGAACUUUAUGGCCAAUUUUUUAUUGACUAUUUUUUUAAAGCAAUGCUACUUGUUUCUUAUUUGUGAAAAGCAUGCCAACACAAAUGUAUGACCAUAUGUUUCUCUUUUUGUAUGUUUUCUUUGUUUGUAACCAGUUUUGUAGCAUCCUUGUAUUUAGACAUGUGCAGAUAGUCUUCUGUGUUUACUUUGCAUGUUCUCAUGUAGUUCUCUUCUGAAAGUAGUGUUUUGUUGAAUUAUUGAAGGGCUCUAACAUUUUAAUUUAUUGUGUCUCAUGUGUACAAUUUGGCUCAGAAAACAUCUGAAGCAUUUGCCAUUCAAUGUACUUUUUUUUUUUGAGCUAGUUACUGCAAUUUUCAUAUCAUUAAUGGAAGUUUGAAUUGAGACUAUUACCGUAGCUGAAGUAUGUGUCUGUGUUUCAAUGUAUGUGUUUUGUGGGAGUUUGUUUGUUUAAUAUGAUAAUCCCACAAUCUCUACCUAUCAGAGCUGUGAUGUCAUAGGCUAGAAGACUGUUUGACAAAUGUAUCAAGAAGAUAGUCUUUGCAGCAAAGUCAAAAACAUGAGGAAAUGUGAGGGUACAUAUGUCCAUAACUAUUUCAUCAAUAGGAACAAUUUAGAAAAGCUGCUUCACAUUGUUUUAAAUCUUAACACUUUGCUACAAAGCAGUAGAUGUGUGAAUAGAUGCGCAAAGUCCAUUCCCCAUGUUUUUUCAAUUAUUUGUUGUUUUUUUUUCACCCUUGGUAUUUAUUUGAGGUUUGAGAAUAUGUGUUUGGAAAUUCCACUUCAUUAUGUGUUUGACUCUGAUUGCUGCAUGUUGGGCAUGGUAUUUUAACUUGGUGUUAUGAUAAGUUAAGAAUGUGAUGUGAUUUAUUUACCAACUUUGUUAUGUAUUAUAACUGGAAGUUUAUUUGUAAGCUGGAAAAUCAUACUGGUACGUCAUUCCAGUACCUGUCAAUAUGGAGAUGUAGCCUACUCAGUUUCUGUCUUACAAAAUUUUAUGAUAUGAUCAAUAAGUACAUCCCAUUGAUGGAAGAUAAAAGCUCGUCCUUUUAAAUUAAAAGCUGCCCUGUUUGUAAUUUUUCAAUUGUAUCCAAAUUUCCAGGACUGUCAAUGAACCCUUUCCUUGGCCUUGACCAAGGAGUUUAAUUUGAUUUUAAUGCCACUGUAUUGUCUUUUUUCCUCUUCUUUGUAAUGCAGACUCUAAAUAAUUUGCUUUGUGAGUUAGAAAAAUGCGAUGGGUAUUAAUAAAACGAGGAUAUCUCCACAAAAUUUA